ACAGCUGAACACACUGCAUGAGAGAGAACUGCACAAUUCAGCAGUAAGCCAUUGAGGGAGAGAGAGGGGGUUGAGAGACAGUGAGGAACAACGGUGCAGCCAAGGAAACCAAAGAAACACUCCACUACCAAAUCCCCAACUCUGGACAGAGAGGAGAAAAAAACAGCGGAGACAAAGCAUUCUUGGCUUUCAGUUUAAAAGAAGAGGAAGAAGAAAAUAAUGCGUUAGGCUAAAUCAUCUGCUUAAUAUACAAAUUCAAGGAGAACUACGUGACAGGACGUGUUUUUUUAAUUUUUUUAACUGCUCCUAACACAAAGUAAAGGAUUGUAGAGCAACACUACAUGAAUGCAUCUGGGAGAAGAAGGAAGCAGAAACAGGAUGAAAGCAACAAUGAGGAUCAUGAGGUUGAUGCUUUCACUCAGCUUCCUAUUUUACAGUGCAUUUCCAGAGGGCAUUUCAGAGGGGACUAAUACCACAGCUAAGUCAUUGGCUGCUAGUGGUGGAAGCACAUCAUCCAAGUCAAGUGCAGAGCCAAAUGGUUCAAUUCCUAUUGCAGUCACCACGAAAGAUAUGGCCGCUGAGAAGACGACUGCAGAUGUCUCAUCUAACAUUACUAUCUCUAAUGCCCCUUCCACUGUUGCCAAUUCUACUGCUUCCUUAAGCACCCCAAAGGCCACAAUACAAGCUGCAACAUCUGCAACAGUUGCAACACCUACAACAUCUGCAACAGUUGCAACACCUGCAACAGUUGCAACACCUACAACAUCUGCAAGAGUUGCAACACCUACAACAGUUGCAACAUCUGUAACAGUUGCAACAUCUGCAAAUGUUACAACAGUUGCAACAUCUGCAAAUGUUACAACAGUUGCAUCAUCUGCAAAUGUUACAACAGUUGCAUCAUCUGCAAAUGUUACAACAGUUGCAUCUGCAAAUGUUACAACAGUCGCAACAGUCGCAACAUCAACAGUUGCAACAGCUGACAAUGGCAGCAUCCCAGGCGGAUUCCCCAGUAUUGUCAAAGUACAGACACCUGAAGCCUCUGUACACAGUACAAACUCCAGGACUGAACCGUCAGUCACCCUGACAGCAAAUUCUUACCAUGUGGAAACAUCAAAUAUCACAAAGGUCUUAUAUUCUACAACGGGACAAACUUAUCCAGCCAAGACAAGUGAAGAAGACACAGAGAAAACAACUUUGCCAGUUUCAAGUAAUGGGCAGAUAAAAUCAAGGACCACAGAGACUGGGAAGCCAGAGACCACCAGUACCAGCCCAACUCUGACAACAGGAUCUCAUGUACAUGGAACCACAUUCCUGCAAACCUCUACUGCUGUCACCACAGACCCUCAGCCAAAGAUAUUUCUGUAUUCUCUAAACAGCACACCUGAGGAAGAGAAAGACAAGGAACUGGCAGAGAUGUGCAAGCGGCUGAUGGCAAAUUUGCAAAAUGGAAACUGCACCCUGAUAUGGAGGCACAAAAAUGGCAAAGUACAGUUUGACUGUGUGGAAAUAAAUGGCAAAGUGAAAACCAGCCUCAUAACCGAGUAUUAUGAGGAAAUCACCAAGAAACCACCAGAUAAUAAAACGCUGAUAGCCAUCCUGGCCUCAUGUGGAGCUCUGCUCAUCAUGAUCUUUAUCCUCGCCAUCUGUGCCUCCCACCACCGCAGGUCAUUCAACGAGAACCAGACUUUGUCCUGUGAAACUUUGCAGCAACACCUUACAGAGGAGCUGCACACUGUGGAGAAUGGUUACCAUGACAACCCCACGCUGGAAGUGAUGGAGGUGCAGCCAGAGAUGCAGGAGAAGAAGGCAGUGUUAAAUGGAGAGUUCAACAAUGACAGCUGGAUUGUCCCCAUUGACAACCUGCUGAAGGAGGACUUACUUGAUGAGGAGGACACCCACCUGUAAGGUGCAGGGACGAAGGAGAAGAAGAAGAGAAAAGAGAGGAUAACAGGACCUGGUCAGUUCCAGUCCAGACAAACAGAAGCAUUCACAUUUAUCACUCUAUGCCAGCCCUACCAACUAGUCUUACACUCCUGACCCUGGAAUCCUUUUGCUUGACAGGACAUUUAAUUAGACAAGUAAAUGCGCGAGAGAAACUAAGCCACCACAUUAAUGGUGUUGACCUGCUCUGAUUGAUCCAUUACUGAGAAAUAAGGGUCAAAAUUCAAACACUGAGGAUAAAGAAACAAUAAAAUCAGAAAUGGUGGACAUGAAAAUGUAAUAGACAUGUUUGAAAUCCAAUCAAUUGUGUGGGCACAAAAGUGCUUAUAAAAUUGUUUUAAUAUAAGUUUUACGUCUCUGAGAGCACAAUUCAAAGAUGUUUGUCUAAUUUAUUACACGUCAUUCAACAAAUUCUGAAAGAGUGUCAAAACCUUCUUACAAACAGUUGUGUGGAUGUUUUCUGCAUUAGCUUUUGCAUGCAGGCGAGGCCAAACUACAUGCUCCAUAUGUUCAAGAAGCAGAUGAGACAGGUAACAAUUGCAUCAGCUGCCUCAACAGUUCCAAAGUCACCACCUAACCACCUCAGUACACUUUAAAGCAUCUAGGUGAUUUCCACUACUUUCUGUGGGCCAUGAGGAAAACUGACCACUAACAUAAUUAAUAAAUUGCAGAGCUGAACAGACAAUGCUUAAAACAGAUGCAGUUGUAGGAAUAAGAAGUGAUUUUAUCCAAAAUACCAUAGGAUUGUAGGGUGUAUGAAAAGUCAGAGGGGACAUAUUCCAAAUAUAUUUUGUUGUGAUGUGGCAUGAAUAGAAUAUAAGGGUGGUCCACACCUGUCGUCACCUUUUAAAUUUCUCAGCGGUUUUUAAAUUUGACUUAAGUUCUUUUUACUACUGCAUUGUGCAUUUCAUUCAUUUGGAGCAAUAUAUAUAAAUAUAUAAAUUACCCCUACUUACCCUCUUAACAUUAUUUUGUUAACUUAAGAAUUCGAUUUGUAAUAUAUUUGAAUAUAUCCUCUUUGGAUCUCUGAAAUCAGGGGCAUUUAUUUUGCUAUCCUAGAGCACUCAAUAAAAUACACAUCGGUAGUGUUUAUAAUUUCACAUUACACACUUUUCUGAAGUUAGGGGCUUUGAAUCUAACUUGUCAUUUUCAUUCAAACUCAGGACAUAAGUACUGAUAAUGUUCCAGCUUUCAUAUUAUCAUUUGAACAAAUAAACCAUUAAUAGCAUUGAAACAAUUAGUCAAUUAAAUCAAUUAACGCAGCAGAAAUAUUUUUAUAGUCACCUAUUAAACCACACAUCUUUGGAUUUGGGACUCAUAAAAAAUAAUUUUGAACAAAAUUACCAAACAAAUAAUUAAUUGGGAAAAAGAAUUGACAGCUAUUGAUAAUCAAAAAAGCUGUUAGUUGCAGUAAUCUCUUCUGCUCUCCUCUCUGGCCUUCCAUUAUAAUAG